CGAUGGCUCUGCUGUUUAUGUAUUUUUUUUAUCUCCGACUGCAAUAAUUUGAGAAUAAGUUGUUAUAAUUAUUUAUAAAUAACAAUGUUUAUGUUUAUGAAAGUGCAUAUUUAUCGAGAACGAUACAAAUAAUAAGUAUAAAUCAUGAGUUUAAUCUUAUAUAACUUGUUUUGAUCACGUGUGAAUUCUGACAGAACAUUUCAAUGUGAUCAGUUUGUAUUUUUAUAUAUCGACAGUUGGAAAUAAUUUGCAUAAACUCGAAUAAAUACUGCAAUUAAAAUGGCGCAACGAUUAAGCAAUCAAGCAAAGCUUAAAUCACUUUUUACUGUAACGAGUAGUGCUGUUGUAUUGUUCGGUGGUAUUUCGCUUUAUCAGGGCAAUGAAAGAUUUUACAGCAAAGUCGUAAUACCUCUGGUGCAAUUAUUAGAUCCAGAAACUGCUCAUAAUCUUGCAGUGAAAACUUUGAAAUGGGGUUUGAUAUCAAAACAGAAAACAGAAGACUCCAAUUUGCUUCAAACAACCAUAUUAGGUUUGCAAUUUAAAAAUCCCAUUGGCAUGGCUGCAGGAUUUGAUAAACAGGGUGAAGCAGUAGAAGGAUUGAACAAUAUUGGUUUUAGUUUUGUGGAAAUAGGAUCUGUGACACCUAAACCUCAACCUGGUAAUCCAAAACCUAGAGUUUUCAGAUUGCCCGAGGAUGGAGCAGUUAUAAAUAGAUAUGGCUUUAACAGCGAUGGUCAUGAUGUUGUAUCGGAACGUCUUAAGAAAUUAAAAGAGAAUAAAAAUUUUAAUUGCAUUCUUGGAGUGAAUUUAGGAAUGAAUAAAGGGACAAAAGAUGCAGUUGAAGAUUAUAUUAAUGGCAUAAAGAAAUUCAUGGAUGUAGCAGAUUAUUUUGUCAUUAAUGUAUCUAGUCCUAACACUCCAGGAUUAAGAUCCUUACAAAACAAGAAGAAUUUGGAAGAGUUACUGAUCAGAAUAAAUGCAGCCAGAAAGUCUAUGGGUACUAAGCAACCAUUGCUUUUAAAACUGGCUCCAGAUUUGUCAGAUUCUGAGCGACAAGAUGUGGUGGAUGUAAUUUUAAAGAAAAAUUCUAAAAUUGAUGGCUUAGUUUUGUGCAAUACAACAAUUAUGCGACCAAAUUUGACUAAUUCGAACAAGAAAGAAAGUGGUGGCCUCAGUGGUGCACCUCUCACAGAUAUUUCUACUGCUAUGAUUUCUGAUAUGUAUAGACGAACACAUGGCAGGAUUCCAAUUAUUGGUGUAGGUGGUAUCUCCUCUGGCGUUGAUGUUUAUAAUAAGAUAAGAGCUGGUGCUUCCUUAAUACAACUUUACACUUCAUACAUAUACAAUGGACCACCAAUAGUUGGAAAGAUCAAAAGAGAAUUAUGUGAAAUACUUGAAACUAAUGGUUUUUCUUCUGUAAGCGAUGCAGUUGGCAAAGAUUCUGGGAACAGAUGAUUAUUCAUUUCAUUUAAUUCAUUAUAGAUUAUUUUUCAAUGCUUUGACACGAUUUUUACAUGCUAUACAUGAUUAAUAUUAUACAUUAUUAUGCAUGAAUAAUUCUGUAUACCUAAUGUGCAAUAUAUAAAGUCUAUUAUGCAUAAUAUAUAAAUAAUUAUUAGAAAGCUUUUGUUCAGAAAGUUUGUAGGAAUUUUUAUUUUAAUUUAUAUUUUCCCACAUAGCAUGCAUAUCCAAAAGACGUCCAGAAGACAUUUUGAAGAUAUCCUUGAGAGAUAUAAUAUAUUUGGGAUAUCUUCUCAACGUCCCUCAGAUAUGCAUGCUGUGUGGAUUUACUUAUAUAAUAAUUAUAUCAUUUUUAAUAAGCUUUAAAUGUAAGAAAUGUCAUUUUGUCUUAAUAGCUUUGACAUACCCCAAAAUGCUUUUACCAUUUUUUGAAUUUUUGUUAUAAUUAAAUAACCGUUUUAAUUAA